CAGGUCCUAUUGAUAGGGUAUUAAUCUCAGUGGUGGUCAGAAACAACGUGUUAGUCUAGCUAGAGCAGUCUACCAAGAGUCUGAUGUGUAUUUACUUGACGAUCCUUUAUCUGCUGUUGAUUCACAUGUUGGUAAACACAUAUUUGAUAAAGUAAUAGGACCAGAAGGAGUGCUGAAAGGAAAAGUACGUAUACUAGUGACACAUGGUAUAGGAUUCUUGUCACAGUGUGAUAAGAUAAUAGUGAUGAGUAAUGGACGUAUAACUGAGGUAGGAUCAUAUAAUGAACUGAUUGAACAGAAUGGAACAUUUGCUGAACUAUUACACAACUAUGGAACUACUAAAGUGAAUGAAGAUGGUGAUGAAGAGAAGAGAUACAGCUCCAGUACUGACUUUCAAGGCGAUGAGAAGACUGUUGCUAUUGAAGCAAAGGAAGAUGAAGAACACAAAAAGAAAUCCUCAUUUCUAACUGGAGAAGAGAAAGUGAAGAGUGGCAAUAUCAGGCUUUCUGUCCUGAAUUCUUACAUCAAGUCUUGUACAUAUUACAUUUCACUGCUAAUAACAUUCUUUUACAUGUUGUCGAGUGGAGCAGCUGUCAGUCAGAAUGUAUGGCUUGCUCAUUGGAGCAACACCCAAGAUAAUAAUAAUAAUGAUAAUGAUAGUUUUAAUAAUGAUGAUCUUGCUCUUAAUCUUGGUGUCUAUGGGUUGUUUGGUGUACUUCAAGCUGCAGCGGUGUUAGGGUUUUCGUUCUCACUGGCCAUUGGUUCCCUUAAAGCAUCAGUUAAACUCCAUGAUGGAAUGUUGAGUAAUAUCCUUAGAUCACCAAUGUCAUUCUUUGAUACUACACCUCUUGGUAGAAUACUCAACAGGUUCUCAAAGGUAAAAAAGAGAGCCUCUACAGUAUAUGAUGGUUUCAUUUUGUAUAACUAUAAAGAUUAG